AGUAACAUUUGUGUAUUUACGUUGUAUUGGCACAAACGUUUUUGUUAGAUAAAUAAUACAAUCAAUGGCCAAAACGAUGUAUUACGAUUUACGUUUUUGUGGCAGUACUAUUUUGUUCGAUUAGUAUUAUAGUCCAUUGACAAAAUAUAAACUUACGUUAAUUUGGCAUUUAAAAGUUGAUGUAAGGUCUCAACGAGUAGAAACACGCAGUGCGGGGAGCCCCCUGAUUUGAAGUUAGGACACUACUUUUUUUGCUUUUACUUCGUAAUAGUGAUUUUAAGUAACAAUAAUACUGUGAUUCAAUAAAAUGAAGAAAAACAAUAGAAACUGGAAGAUUUUAGAAUCGUUGAAACGAAGAGAACCAUCUCAGGUUCGCGACGAAUUCCAUCAGAUUUUUGAACAGGAACCAACUCAUUCAAUCGAAACCAUUUGCAAUGCUGCCGUUGAAGAAAUCAACAAUUGCUUAAGCCCUUGUCCUCAACCAUCCUUUAGUAGAUUAACGACAACAUUAGAAAAUGAUUCUCUCUCUGUUUUUGACGAGCUUGGACCGUCACCCACAAAAUUAUUGACAUUGGAAAAUGUGUCACUUAUUGAUUUAAAUGAUGAUUUGUAUUUAUCACAUUCGAGCAAUGGUGGCGAGCCUGCGCCAGAUGAAUGUAUAUUGUCAUCAAGUGAUUUUUCAAUUUCAGAAACAAGAAAUAAUGUUCAAAUAAAUGACAUUAUGACCCAAAACAUUCCUCAUUCUAGUAAUACUCUUGAUACAAACAUAGAAACGAAUACUACCGAUAUUGCUGGGGUUCAGUCUGUCAUACCUGGUCUUCAAAAUCGGAAACGCCAGCGCCGAGGUCAAGCGGAGCCCGAGGAAUGGAAGAAGAAUUUGAGAAAAAACAGAAGACAAAAAGGUGAACCUUACCUCUCCAGUAAAGGUGUAUUAAAACCAGGAAAAUUAUUGGGUGAAUCGAAGUGUAUGGGGACGUGUCGAGAAAAAUGUACGACCAGAUUUAGUGAAGAAGAGCGGCUGGAAAUCUUUUCAUCUUUUUGGAACAUUGAUAAUAUAAAUCAGAAGAGGCAAUAUAUUGUAGGCUUAGUUAAUCGAAUACCUACACAAACAAAACGAACUGCUAAUUUAGAUAGUAAAAGGAAAAUGACAAAUAAAUAUUUUCUAAAAAAAAGUGGAGCCACAGAAAAGGAAAAGACGGGGAAAACACGUGCCUCAUAA